CCAGAGACAACUCCCAAACAAAGAAAAAGAAGAAGAGGACAACCACUAACAAAAAAAAAUACUACCCAAUUACCUAAACAAAACGAAAUAUUUUUAAAAUUGUAUUGAUUACUUUCAUUGGGCUCCAAUCAGCUGUCACGGGGCUCCCACUUCUGUUAUUUUCUAUUUUUUUUAAACAAAUUAUGUGUUUUUAGAGUGCACGGAAUUUAGAACUUAAUGAUAAAGAACGGCGGACUUACAAAAAAAAUGAGCCUCGGUGCGGGUGAAGCGAGUGCCCUAACAUUAGAAGUCGGUCCAUUCGAGACAGUGCAUAGAUGGAAACGUAUGCUGGAAUGUGAUGAAUUCGUAGGCGCGAGACGAAGCAAACACACAGUCGUUGCUUAUAAAGAUGCAAUAUAUGUAUUCGGAGGCGAUAAUGGUAAGAGCAUGUUAAAUGACUUGCUUCGAUUUGAUGUUAAAGAAAAAAGUUGGGGCAGAGCCUUUGCUACUGGGACUCCACCAGCUCCAAGAUACCACCAUUCUGCAGUAGUGCACAACAAUUCUAUGUUUGUUUUUGGUGGAUACACUGGGGAUAUUCAUUCCAAUUCAAAUCUCACCAAUAAGAAUGAUCUUUUUGAGUACAAGUUUACUUCAGGACAGUGGAUGGAAUGGAAGUGGUUUCCAGGACCAACUCCUGUUCCAAGAUCAGCCCAUGGGGCUGCUAUUUUUGAUAAUAAACUCUGGAUUUUUGCUGGUUAUGAUGGAAAUGCAAGAUUGAAUGAUAUGUGGACCAUUUCAUUAAUAGGAGAAACAAAAAUUUGGGAGGAAGUUGACCAGAAAGGAGAAUGUCCUCCAACUUGCUGCAACUUUCCUGUAGCUGUAGCUAGAGACUGUAUGUUUGUUUUCAGUGGACAAAGUGGUGCUAAAAUUACUAACUCACUAUUUCAGUUUAGCUUCACAGACAAGACAUGGAGCAGAAUCUCAACUGAACACAUCUUGAGAGGUUCCCCUGCACCACCAGCACGUCGCUAUGGGCACACAAUGGUUGCUUAUGAUCGCCAUUUAUAUGUUUUUGGAGGGGCUGCUGAUUCUACCCUCUCCAAUGAUUUACACUGCUUUGAUUUAGAUGCACAAAAGUGGUCUAUUAUCUUACCUGAUCUAGAAUCUUUUGUACCAUCAGGUAGACUAUUUCAUGCUGCAGCUGUCAUUGGAGAAGCCAUGUUUAUAUUUGGGGGAACUGUGGAUAAUAAUGUUAGGAGUGGGGAAAUGUAUAGAUUUCAGUUCUCUAAUUACCCAAAAUGCACUCUACAUGAUGAUUAUGGUAAACUGCUGGAAUCAAGGCAAUUCUGUGAUGUGAAAUUUUUACUUGGGCCUGAAGAAGAUGUUAUUCUAGGGCAUAUAGCUUUAGUUGCAGCCAGAUCUGGUUAUCUGAGAAACAUAAUUCGACAAGCUAAAGAAAACAGGGAUUUGCAGUUGGAAACACUAUUUGGUACAUCAAAGGUUCCUUUAACUGAUAUCCCCCUGGUGGAAGUCAAACUUCCAGAUGCUAACCCUGAGGCUUUUGAAAUGGUACUAAACUAUAUUUAUAUGGAUUGUAUUGAUCCUACAAAACAAGCUAGGGAUGAUGAAGAUCCAGUUUCCAAUCGAAUUGUUCUUAGAAUGAUGGAUGUUUAUAGAUUGGCAGUUCAAUUCAAAAUGGCGCGAUUAGAACAACUUUGUGUUCAGUACCUUAAUGGAACUAUUAGUCUAAAAAAUGUUCUUGUUGCUUUACAUAAUGCUGAUGAGCUUCAUUUAGAUUUUAUUAAGGAACAUUGUUUGAGAUAUAUUGUGAAAGAAAGUAACUAUAAUCAAAUAGUAAUGAGUUCAGAAUUCGAAUCUUUAGAAAGGAAUCUGAUGGUCGAGAUUAUCAGAAGGAAACAAAUGCCACAAUACAAGGCAAACAACGAUGCAAUGUUUAAUACUUCUGGGGGAUCAUUGGAACAAGAUAUGGCGAUGUUUUUAAGAAACACUGGAAAAGAGUUCUGUGAUAUAGAUUUGAAAUUAGAUGGUUUACUCCUACCAGCUCAUAAAACUAUUUUAGCUGCGAGAUGUGCAUAUUUUGAAGGAAUGUUUAGAUCUUUCAUGCCAGCUGACAGCACAGUUAAUAUUCAAAUAGGAGAACUCAUACCUUCAAGAGAAUCUUUUGACUCUCUUUUGAGAUAUAUUUAUUACGGUGAUGUCAAUAUGCCUCCUGAAGAUUCUCUCUAUCUAUUUUCGGCGCCAUACUUCUAUGGAUUUCACAACAAUCGCUUACAGGCAUUCUGCAAGCAGAAUCUUGAGAUGAAUGUCACUUUUGAAAAUGUUAUUCAAAUUUUAGAAGCUGCAGACAAGAUGAAUGCCACUGAUAUAAAGAAAUAUGCUCUUGAUUUGAUAGUUCAUCAUUUUACCAAAGUUGCAAAGCUGCCCAAAGUUAAGAUGCUGAGUAAAGAAUUGAUCUUGGACAUUUUGGAAGUGUUGGCAGAGAGUAUGGAACAGAACAUGAGAAAUGAUGUAAACAUGAGAAAUGAUGUAGCAAGUAGUUUGAUAAGUUUGGAUCCAUGAUUGUCAAAGAUGGGGAUAGAAAUGAGUUUGACUAUGGGUAAAGUGUCAUUCAUUAUGAUUACUGUGUUUGCAGCUAUAACUGAUAGAAGUUUGUUUGACAAAAUCAAAUAUGCUUAAGAGGAUUAAAUCUAAACAACUAUUCAGUAUGUACAAGACACUCUGAAGUAACAGAUAAAAUUGGACAUAUGUGCAACUGCAUUGCAUAAAAUUUUAAACUAUAUAAUGAAUUUAAACAUCUUUUGAACUAUGUUGGAACUUGUAAGACCUUCCUCACCACAAAUUAUGCCAAUAAAAUAACACAUGUUUUUAUUAAUGUUAUUAAAUUGAUAGAAAUCUAAUGUGAAUAUAAAUUGCAAACUAAAAAUUACUUACCUAUGUUUGAUGCUCUAGAUUAAUUUGUUAUAUUUGUAGAUAAUCUAUUUAAACAUAAUAUAUAUUGUUGAAACUUAUUAAAAAUAAUUAACUUGCAUUACA